AUGAACUGGAGUCUCACGGCGGGCGAUCGUGUCCGGUGCCUGCAGACGCAGCUAUUUCCGGUCUGCGCCACGCUCGCGGCCAAAGCCGGCUACCUGGGCAGCUUUCUGUCGAACAGCCUGAAGACGCACCAGCUCGAGGUGAACACGGACUCGAAGACGCUACGGCCGAUCGCUCGCCUCAAGGAGCCGCGUGAACUGUUCGCACUGCCGAAGGAACGAGACUAUGACUGCCCCCAGCAGGCUCCCCGAUGGCCCAUCGAAUGUCAGGUACUCGAGGAGCGCGUGUACCAUCUGGAUGACGCACCGGAAACGCCGGAACCGUACUACCAGCCGACCGGGAAGGAGUUACAGCCGCGCCCGGUAGGCGAGGAGAACGGCAUCAUCGUGUACAACUACAAUCCCACCAGCGCCGUCCACUACUUUAGCCGCUCGACCGUCGGUGGCUCGAAGGCUCAGCCAGCCGCCCAUCCGACGCCGCUCGACCCGGACGACCUGGUGUUCGAGUCGCGCUUCGAGAGCGGUAACCUCGGCCGGGCGAUCAAGAUCACACCGACGUACUACGAGCUCUACCUGCGCCCGGAUAUGUACACCAACCGGCACACGCAGUGGUUCUACUUCCAGGUCAAGAACACCAAGGCGAAGGUGGUCUACAGAUUUUCCAUCAUCAAUCUUACCAAACCGGACAGCCUGUACAAGGAGGGCAUGCGGCCGCUAAUGUACUCGACGACGGACGCCGAAUGCAAUCAGGUCGGGUGGCGGCGGUGCGGGGAGAACAUCGCCUACUUCCGCAACGAGGACAGCAGCAAUGGGUACAAUUACAGCCACUACCACCACCGGCCGGCGGAUGACGACGAGGACGAGUACAUCGGCACCAGCUCGUUCACGCUGUCGUUCAACAUCGAGUUCAAGUACGACGGCGACACGGUCUACUUCGCGCACAGCUACCCGUACACCUACUCCGACCUGCAGGACUAUCUGAUGUGCAUCCAGCGCAACCCGGUCAAGUCGAAGUUCUGCAAGCUGCGGCUGCUCUGCCGCUCGCUGGCCGGCAACAACGUCUACUAUCUCACCGUAACCGCGCCGACAACGCACGAGGACGACAAUCAGAAGAAAAAGAAAGCAGUCAUCAUCACCGCACGUGUUCAUCCGGGCGAAAGUCCGUCUUCGUGGAUGAUGAAGGGUUUGAUGGAUUUCAUCACCGGUGAUUCGUAUGUGGCGAAGAAGCUGCGACACAAGUUCAUAUUCAAGCUGGUUCCCAUGCUCAAUCCGGACGGUGUCAUCGUCGGCAAUACGCGCAGCUCGCUCACCGGCCGCGACCUAAACCGCCAGUAUCGCACGGUUAUACGCGAAACCUAUCCCUCGAUAUGGAACACGAAGGCAAUGAUAAGAAGACUGAUGGAAGAUUGCGGCGUUGCCAUGUACUGCGAUAUGCACGCACACUCCCGCAAGCACAACGUGUUCAUCUACGGCUGCGAAAACCUCAAGCGCCACCCGGACCGGCGCCUGCUGGAGCAGGUGUUUCCGCUGAUGCUGCACAAAAACGUCGCCGACAAGUUUUCCUUCGAGAACUGCAAGUUUAAGGUACAGAAGAAUAAGGAGGGCACCGGCCGGAUCGUGGUGUGGGUGCUCGGUGUCACCAACAGCUACACGCUCGAGGCGUCCUUCGGCGGCAGCACGAUGGGAGGCCGCGCCGGGACACACUUCUCCACGGCGGACUUCGAACACAUCGGUCGGGCGUACUGCGAAACGCUGAUGGACUACUACGACGAUAAUCCGAUCAAAGAAAAGCUGCGCAUGAAAAUACUGACGCGCCUCUCGAAGGAAGGCUCGAGCGCGGAGGAACCGCUCAACAUACCGCUGUCGGACUACUCGAGCGACGAGGGCGACACGAGCAGCAGCAGCUCGGAGGACGAGGGCAAGGACAGCAUGGCGGAGCUCGAGGGCCCGUGCUGCUCGACGCUCAAAGUGCCCCCAUCGUCGCCGGUCCUGCCCCAGAAGCUCAAGGGUAACAAGAAGAACAAGAAGCAGAUGGCGCAGGUGCGCCCGGCUUACCGGCGCAAGUCGCACAGCGUGCAGCGCAUCGUGCUGGACAUUCCGACCACCGAGCCGGCGAGCGACUUCUUCGAGUACACGUCCGAGGACGAGCUGCUGCCGCCGGCGGCCGUCUCCGAUACCGAGAACACGAUCAAGCGCACGUUCCGGCGGCGCAAUCGGCCGCGCAAGACGGACAACAUCCGCAAGCUGACGCUGCUCGGGUGCGAGACGCAGUACCUCAUGCCGCCGGAGCUGAUCGUGCGAUCCGCGGCCAACCGGUACCAGUCGGAGGACGAGGACGAGCAGAGCAAGAUGGUGAUGAGCAUCAUCAAGGAGUUCCCACCCGUCCUCGGCAAGGAGCGCGUGUGGCAACGCUCGAGCGGCAGCGAAAGGACGAUCGAUGCAAUGAAAUCCUCCAGCCCGGACAACUAUCAGGUACGAUUCUCGCUUAAACGAUCCAUCUGGAUGGGGACGCACUCGGACGGGUACGUGAACGAUUGCUACAACCCGCGGCCGAUUUCCUGGGGCGCACCGCCCACACUGGUCAAGUCGACGCACUACGACAAUGAAGCCCUUCUCACGGCCUGUUCGCAAAAGCUAGCGGCGUGGAAGGACGAAAAGCGCAGCCUGAAAGAAAAGCACCACAAGAGCUCCCUGGCGAAACACCACCACCACCAUUCGCAUGCGCUUGGUUCGAACAAGGACAAGGAGAACCGAAGCGUCCGGGUGAAGAUCACGGUAGGGUCGGAGCAGUUCGCAGCAGCGGCGGCCGCGGCGGCUGCCGCCAAGCAGCGCUACACGUCCGGCACCAUCGGGGAGAAGAAGCAGGCGGUGGACAGUUCCGAGAGCGGUGGUAUUUCAUCGCGCGUCAAGCGGAAAACACGUUCCACGCUUAGCAAGAUAGUGGAGAAGGCGGAAAUCAUCACUCACCUGUCACGGAGCGCGCGCGUCGGUCAGUCUCGGCGGCUGCUGGCCACCAGCUCGCUCUCGACGAUCGGCUCGCCGCGGAAGGCGUUGCUUAGCGUUCCGUCCACGACCGCCCUGUCGACCGGCGGGAUCACCAACGCUAACGGCACGCCGAAUGGCGUCAACGGCACGGGCACCCACGGGCCCUCGGCAAACUCGGCUGCCCCGUCACCCGUGGUGAAGCACCCGAGCAAGUUCAAGACGGGCGGGAUUGUGGUCACCGCCGCGCAGCCGCUACCGAAGAUGCGCAAAUCGUUGGCCGCACGCGCCAAAAGCACUGCCUCACCAAUCAAGCUGCCCACUACCAGUAUCGAUAUUCAGCUAACGACACUCUGCUCCGAGACGGAAUCUGAAAGAAACGUAAAGGUAGUCACCGGUAAGAAACACAAGAAGAAGCGCACGCCCAAGGACAAGUCGGCCAAGCUGCCGUGCUGAAUGGAGGGGUGGACAUUCCUCCCAGGGGUUCUAACCGGAA